AUGAAGGGGGACGUGUCCGCAAGGUCAUUGAAUGGAAAUCAGCUGGUCCGCGCGGCGCGUGCAAUCCGGAAAUGCACAGAUAUCGGAAAAUACUUUCGAGCUGCAGCGAAAAAUCUAGUUUCGGAACGCAUUUUCGCGCCGCUGCCGACUACUAUGGCUUCAAAUGCAAUCCAGCCCGCCUCCUCAACACAUCACGGC